AUGAAGUUCUUCAUGAUUUUGAUGAUGUUGAUGUUGCCGUCUUCAGGGCAUGCAAAGUGCGUUUGUCCCAAAGGCUGGUCCGUCUACGCCAGGCACUGCUAUCUUUACGUGUCACAACCGGAAUUCUUCUACAAUGCCGAAACAAUCUGUCUUAGCAAGAGCCUCAACGGUCGCGAAUCGCACCUCGCUUCGGUACUGUACGUCGGGGAAGCGGACUUCAUCGCAGGGUUAGCACCGAGGGACGAGUCUUCUAAUUUCUGGAUUGGACUUAAAGGCCACUACCCCUCAUCAUGGCAAUGGACAGACGGAGAGCCGUACAUAUUCUUUAACUGGGGCACAAACUAUCCAUAUAACUAUCUGUAUUACUCUGAUGAGGACUGCGUUCGAAUGUCUGACGGUCCCACUCACUACUGGUUCAAUUACCCACAUUGUUCUACCAACUACAAGUUACCCUACGUGUGCAAGAUGUUACAGCGAUACCAAUACAGACCAAGUGCUCCAUUAGCCUGA